AUGGGUAGUUUCCAUAAAACAAGUGAUACCCGUACCGCUAUAAGUGGCACCAAAGUAAAAAACAAUUUGACGAUAGUAUCUUCAGGAAUUCCGUCCCUGGACUAUGUAAUUGGUACAGGAUUGCCAACUGGCAGCAUAUUUGUUGUUGAGGAGGAUGUUUUGGCCAAUUACAGCAGGAUUCUUAUAAAGUACUUUCUAGCUGAAGGUGUGGCUUGUAAACAUGACUUGUUAGUGGCAUCAGCUGAUGAGAAUCCUCAAGAUAUAGCAAGGGAGUUGCCAGUACCAACAACAGUUCCACAAAAUGAUGAAAUCAAUUCAGUAGCCACUGAUGUUGACAAGAUGAAGAUAGCUUGGAGAUAUGAGGGGCUGACGCAGGUGGAGUCAUCUUUUGGUAGCAACACAAGCUUUGGCCACCAUUUUGACCUCAGCAAAUAUAUUAAUGUAGAUGAAGUAAAAGCUUGCAACAUUAGUUAUUGUAAAUUGGAAAGUGAUGAUGGGGUUUCCAACGGUUUUAAAAAUAACCUGUACUACAAAUUAUUAACAACUAUAAAGGAAACAGUUUGUAAAGAGCAAUAUAAUAGUAGAAAUAAGCAAAAUAGUAAUGUUUUGAGGAUAAGUGUACAGUCCUUGGGAUCUCCAGUGUGGAUGGCAAAAGAUUGUGAAGAGGAGGAACCAAGUAGAACCUAUGGUCAAGAUCUGAUAAAGUUUAUGUUUUGCCUACGAACUUUCUUGAGGGACACAAAUGCUAUUGCAUUUAUUACCAUACCUUCACAUUUAUUUGAUGACGAACACAUAAUGAAUAGACUGUUAUACUCAGUAGACAAUGCUGUGAAGAUUGAGUCUUUUGCUGGAUCAAGCCGUGAAACAAACCCAGUGUAUAAGGAUUACCAUGGACUUUUCCAUAUAACAAAGUUAUCGGCCAUGUACUGUUUGGUACCAAACGUUCCACCUAGUCUGGAUUUGGCGUUCAAGUUGAAGAGAAAGAAGUUUGUUAUCGAGAAAUUACAUUUACCUCCAGAGCUUCAAGAAAGUAAAGAAAGAGAACAAGAUGACAUCACUAGUGUUCCGGUGAACUGUGGAGGAUUUAAAAAGAAAGACAUUGAUUUUUAA